AUGGGCCUGGCCGCCUUUGCUGCCGAGAAUGAGACGGCGUUCACGCUCCUGGCCGCCGCGGCACUCAGCACAGUCGGCUAUGUUGCGACCAGCCGGCUGAUACCCGUACUCGCUCAAGGGUUCGUCGAAAAGGGACUGUCAGGUAUCGACAUGCUCAAGGGCUAUCCGAGGGAUCAACAUGGCAGACUGCAAGGCCCCAGAGUGCCAGAAUCGACGGGGGUCAUCGGCGCUGCAGUCUAUAUCCUCUUGCUCUCGCUCUUCGCGCCUCUGCCUUAUUACGCCUACCUGCUCGCGCCUAGCGACGUAUCACCUAGAACGCAGCUCGUAGAGACAGACCUCACCUUUCCGCACCACAGUCUGGCCACAUACCUUGCAUCUCUGCUUAGCCUACUCACCGCCACAUUCCUCGGCUUCCUCGACGAUCUCUUCGACAUCCGAUGGCGUUACAAGCUACCGAUACCCAUCAUCGCGUCUGUGCCUCUCUUGAUAGUCUACAUAGCACAGCAAGGUGGUACAGAUGUCGUACUACCGAAAGCGCUCGGCUUGCGAUCAUUGCUCGGACUCGACGCAACCGGCAUACUCAAGCUAGGCCCGCUCUACUAUCUCUAUAUGUCCAUGCUGUCCACGUUCUGCACAAACAGCAUCAACAUCCUCGCCGGUGUCAAUGGCGUCGAAGCCGGGCAGGCCCUCGUCAUCGCCCUCAGCAUCGCCAUCAAUGAUCUCCUCUAUCUUGACGUUGACAUUGGCGCGCUGGCCGCACUCUGGCGUGGGACGGAUCCCAAGACGACCCAGCUCUCGCUGUCUGCUGGCUUCGGACAUGGCAGUAAGAUCCUGGCAGACCGUCACUUGUUCAGUCUCUACUUUAUGCUCCCUCUCAUCGCUAUAUGCUUGGCAUUGUUGCGGCACAAUUGGUAUCCGGCCCGAUCCUUUGUCGGCGACACAUUCUGCUACUUCGCGGGCAUGGCAUUUGCUGUCGUCGGUAUCUUGGGACAUUUCUCAAAGACGCUGUUGCUCUUCUUCCUUCCGCAAGUCUUCAACUUCGUUCUCUCGUGUCCCCAGCUAUUUGGCCUCGUGCCCUGCCCGCGGCAUCGCCUGCCCCUGCGCAACGCUAAGACAGGCAAGCUGGAGCCUUCCCUCGUACGUUUCGUCGAGCCGCCCAGUUUGAGAGCGCGCGUGACGCUAUCGAUCCUCUCUGCGCUCGGUUUAGUAAGACUGACGCGAAGCAAAGACGGCACAAUUCUGACGAGCACAAACCUGACCAUCAUCAGCUUCGUGCUCGUCGUCGCUGGUCCCAUGAGAGAAGAGCGGUUGACACAGACGAUCAUGCUUCUUCAGACUGCAUGCAGUGUGCUUGCCUUUGCGAUACGCUACGGUGCCUCAUCGGUGUUUUACGACUCGAGUAGGCGGUAG